AUGGCGGACGGCGGCGGCGCGGGCGCGGUGGGCGGCGGCGGCGCGGGCGCGGCGGGCGCGGCGGCGGGCGCGGCGGGGCCCAGCGCGGGCGGCGGCGCGGUGAACCCCGCCACGCUGCCCCCCGGGGACCCGCAGCUCAUCGUCCUCAUCGUGGAGCAGCUCAAGAGCCGCGGCCUGUUCGACAGCUUCCGCCGCGACUGCCUGGCCGACGUGGACACCAAGCCGGCCUACCAGAACCUCCGGCAGAAAGUGGAUAACUUCGUGUCCACGCACUUGGACAAGCAAGAGUGGAACCCGACCAUGAACAAAAACCAGCUGCGCAACGGCCUGCGGCAGAGCGUGGUGCAGUCAGGGAUGCUGGAGGCCGGCGUGGACAGGAUCAUCUCGCAGGUGGUGGACCCCAAGCUCAACCACAUCUUCAGGCCGCAGAUCGAGCGCGCCAUUCACGAGUACUUGGCGGCCAAGAAGAAGGAAAUCCUGCCCGUCCUUCCUCUGGAGCCCGACGGCCAGGAGCCCCCAACGCCCAAGGACGCUUCGUAGGGCCGGCUCCUGCUUAGAGAAUACACCGGAUGCCUUUUGGAAGCCCCUGGCAUUAAGGUGAAGGACUUGGCCCCUGGCUUCACGGUCAAGGCCAACCACGGCCCCCCAUGAUCUCAAGACUCCGCGUGGAUGGUGGAGCCGUGUCCCGAGUGAAUGAGUGAACUGAAAGCCAGUUUGGUGGUAGGAACGUUCACACGCACCUCACCCCAUGUGCCCCGUGGCGCCCACUAACUACACUACGAGGAUAAAAAGUAUGACAUCA